AUGGUAGAGCGGCGCCUAAAGUGUUCCAGCAAAACGUGCAGUGGGUUUGGCGUCUGUAGUGCGAUUUGGAAGGUUGAUGAGUGCACCGACCAGGAUAAGUGGCGAAUAUUGGUGAACUCGAAUGGUCACUCACAAGGCGUCCUUCGCCCUAUGAAGACAUUUAUUGCUGCACAGGACGAGGCUGGUCUGCCUCCGAGGGUUAUCCUAGUGAAUAUUAAGAAGCAGGCCGAUAUCAAGCCAUCUAGCGGUGGGUGGCCGGAGCUUUCGCAGAUUCAAAACGCAUCGAAGCGUAUCAGAAGGGAACAAGGAGCCAAAAAUUCUAUUAAGUCGAUUCACAAACUGGCCCGC